GCCUUCAUGUUUGGUGCAAUAAACAGAUGACUAGGCAGUAGUGUCAGACUAGACUGCUGUUUGUUAGAGCUUGAAGGGAUACUCUGAAGGAUUUGCAUAUAGUGAGUGGAACUUCUAUCUAUCUGGGAUUUCUAUCUAUGAUUUAGCAACAAUUCCACUACAGGAUAGGUAGAUCUAUGUCUCACCUUAUUCUGCUCAAGUGGCUUCAAGACCCUAUUUCAGCGAGCCUACUAAUCUCGACGGUAACUCUGCUCUCAUGGAUGUUUCUCAAGCUCAUGCGUGCUUGCAAGUCACCCUCUGCGUACUCUAUUCACACCAGCGACCCUCUGCGAGCCCACAUCUGGGAGAAGACCAAGUACCUCGACAAGCCGACCUACUGUAACGUUUGUGAAGAUCUGUGCAUUGCAGGCACACAAUGUCAAUCAUGUGGAUCCAGACUGUGUACACUGAGCUCUUGUUUGACGCAGGGACAAAACACUCACCACUGCAAACCACUUUCUUUGCCCAGUUCCGCUACCUCGCAUCAUUUCUUUGUCAGAGGUAACCUGCCCCUCUCCAGCAGCUGUGUUGUGUGUCAGGCUCCCUGUGGGGCACAGCCAGAGUUGUCAGAUUUUGCCUGCGCUUGGUGUGGACGGACCUAUCAUGAAGAUUGUCUGGGAGAGAGGGAGCGAAGAUCCUCUUGUACUCUAGGACCUCGUCGAGAAUCAAUUGUGCCUCCAAACUGUGUGAAACUGAACAAGAAGGGCUGGAAGGGGAGACAAAGGCUGGUGGUGGAGGCAAUCUCCCCUCCCCUUCUUGCAUCGCACUGGCGACCUCUCGUGGUGUUAGCCAACCCAAAGAGUGGCGGCAAAGAUGGUGAGAUGAUUUUGAGCAUCUUCAGGAGACUCCUCAAUCCAAUACAGGUGAUAGACGUUUCUCGAGAUCUCCCAGAGGCAGGCCUAGAGCUGUGUAGAGUGUGUCCAGACUCUCACUGGAGGCUGCUGGUGUGUGGGGGAGAUGGAACUGUGGGCUGGGUCCUCUCAGCAAUUGACAAGUGUUCUCUCAAAAGUCCCCCUCCAGUGGCUACCCUCCCUCUGGGCACGGGUAACGAUCUGGCCAGGAUGCUCGGUUGGGGGAGUGGCUACGAGAACGAGGACUUGGAGACAGUCAUACAGGAUGUGCAUCAUGCGCCCGUGGCUCUACUGGACAGAUGGAGUGUCACCAUUGAUGAGUCCAAGUAUCUUGGUCUGAGAAAGGGCCGCAAACAGUUGAUGAUGAACAACUACCUUGGGUUUGGGUGUGGAGCCGGCGUUGCUCUGGACUUCCAUCAAACUAGACAGUCGUACCCAUCGCUGUUCAGCAGUAGGAUCAUCAACAAGGCAUGGUACCUGGGCCUCGGAGCCAAGGACGUGUUACAGCAGUCUUGCAAGAACCUCCACGAAAAGAUUGAACUCUACCUGGAUGGGGUCAAACAUUGCCUCCCUCACUUGGAAGGUCUGGUCAUCUCAAAUAUCAACAGCUGGUCAGCAGGAUGCACUGUUUGGACCACACCUACUGAGGGGGAGGGGAGAUUUGGAGCCUGUAGGAUGGACGAUAGACGACUGGAGGUGGUGGGUAUCUACUCCUCCCUUCAUGUUGGCAGGAUACAAGUGGGUGUGGAUGAACCUCUCAAGAUAGGACAAGCUCGAGAAAUUAAGGUGGUUGUACACGGCAGUGUGCCCAUACAAGUUGAUGGAGAGCCAUGGCAACAAGGCGGCAUAGCUACCAUUAUCAUCACACAUCAAGGACAAUCUGCUAUGCUCAAGAAAAUUCACCAUAAUGAGAACUAGUUAUGGUACUCUGAUAUAAUUAUAGUUUUACAUCCGAAGCUGGGGCGUGUACAAUAGAUGAAGAUCACAAUCAAUUUUUAAUUAUAGUGACAAGAAUGAGCACAAUCAUUGAUACACACGUACAUAGAUGCAACAUUAUACGUACAUACUAAGAGGAUUUUUUCAAUGCCAC